AUGACUGAGAAGAUCAAUGAAACAUUCAAAUUCGCCGACUCUGAUGGCCACUUUCGGCGAAAGGAUUCGGCCUUCCGGUCCUGGAUCUCGCGAGAUCCUGCGGCUGAAUUCCCCGCCGAAAAGGACCGCUAUGUUCUGUACCUGAACUACGGGUGUCCCUGGGCGCACCGUGCCAACCUCGUACUAACAAUGAAGGGCCUGGAAGGCAUUAUCCAGAAAGCGGUAUUGGACCCAGAACUUGGACCCAACGGAUGGUUCUUCUCUGGCAGAGAGGGAUCUGCUGAAAAGGACCCUAUCUAUGGCUUCAAGUACCUCAGAGACCUCUACUUCAAGGCAGAUCCUCAGUACGAGGGACGAUACACCAAGGAGACGAUCGUCAACAACGAGAGCAGCGAGAUCAUUCGCAUGCUAUACAGCGAGUUCGAUGAGUUUCUGCCGGAAGCCUUGCGUGAGGUGAAUCAACCGGGCGGUGGAUUUUAUCCAGAGCAUCUCCGUGAAGGAAUCGACGCUAUGAACGACUGGGUUUACUCCCAGAUUAAUAAUGGCGUGUAUAAGGUCGGGUUCUCGUCUAGCCAGGAAGCUUAUGAGUCUAAUAUUCACCCGUUAUUCGAAGCGCUCGAUCGGGUUGAGAUGCACCUGAGUCAACCAGAGCACCAGCCUUUUCUGUUUGGCGAGAGCGUCACUGAGGCGGACAUUCGUCUCUAUCCUACGGUCACUCGAUUUGAUGUGGCAUACCAUACGAUCUUCAAAUGCAAUCUCAGGAUGAUCAGAUAUGAUUACCCGCUCAUCGACCGAUGGUAUCGCAAUCUCUACUACGAUCAGUCUGAUAAGACGAGAGGAGCAUUCAAGCAGACAACAUAUUUUAACCAGUAUAAAUUUGGUUACGCUCAUGCUAUUGCGAAGAGGCUAGGCCUUAAGCAUGUAAUCGUUCCUGCCGGUCCAGUUCCUGAUAUUUUACCACUUUAA